AUGUCUUACACCUUGAGUUCUUCGAACAAGGAUAAAACAAAUCAUAGGCACAAGAAAAAGAAUAGUGUGGGUAACCUCACCAAAAGACUUAGUUGCACGAAAUGUAGUGCUGGUGACAGAAAGCAGUUAAAUAUGCAGUUUCCUGUUUUUAUUUUUACACAAUUUUACACAAAUUUGGAAAAAAGUUUCUGUCACGACGAGCAAAAGAUGUUUAAAGAACGCAUUUACUUGAUUUUCAUACUCUGUCUACAGAUGUUGAAUAAGCCUGCCGCUACCUUAGGACUUUUAAUAUUAGCGAAUAAUGUAAAGUUAAUAUUUGGUGGUGAUGUAACAUUUUCUGAAGUCAUCAAAUAUCACGUUCGCCGAAUGAACUGCACAUAUAACGAAUCUUUUUCCCCACUUAAACCAUACCUUUCGGAAGCAGAUCACGUGAUUGUAAAUCUCGAAAGCCCUUUCCACCCUUACAAUGGAAAGAAGCUAACAGAACUAGAACGGAAGAAAAUAGUGAAGUUAAUCUCUGAUUUGGAUGCUAUGCCAACUUUAAGAGCUAGAAUCGAUGUUGUUACAUUGGCAAAUAAUCAUUUUAUCGAUUUUGGUGAAGAACCCGCCAAUAUCACUAUAGAAAAUUUAAAAAGACUUCACAUUGCAUAUUUUGGCGUGACUUAUGGCAGGCACAAAAUACUAAAACAGGACCCUUUGAUCAUUAGAAAAAACGGUAUUAGAAUCGGGUUUCUUGGUUAUUGUGCCACAAAUGAAGGUUGCUCGCGCGGCAAGUAUCGAAGAAUGGCGAAAGUCGGACCGGCAGUUUACAACAAGAUGUUGGUGAUAAAAGAAUUAAAAAUUCUAAAGAAGAAAGUGGAUGUUGUGAUUGUAUUCAUGCAUUGGGGAGAUGAAUAUUCCACUGAGCUACCGAAAAAACUCGGUCAGAAAAUAAUUAUUCGAGUUGCGCCAUACGCUGAUAUCAUCAUUGGGUGUCACCCACAUAUAACUCAAGAUCAUUUCUAUCAUAAAGAUGUUCUGGUUGUCCCCAGUCUCGGAAAUCUGUUGUUUCCCUCUCAUGGAACCGUAAUGAACAAGUCAAAUCUAGACAAAGUCUGGUAUAAAGAAGCAAAAGUUGUGAAGCCUGAAAGUGCAAACGGGAAACUUGUUAAGAUAGAAAUCAACAAGAACGGUCUAAUAAAGAACAAAGCAAAAUAUUUAAGCACUCAAACUGCUGUUAGCGAUAAACAUUGUAUGUACGUUAGAAAAAGAGAUAAUUCAUCGUGGCAGACUAUCUGCGGUGAAAAUGAUGAAAACUGUGAAGGGACAAGUGACUGUAAUGUGUUACAAUGUGAUGAUCAGAGAAAAGUGAAACCGAAUGAAGUACAUAUAAAGGUGGAAAGAGUCAAAAGCAUGAGCGACAUUGAUUGA